UCACCGUACUUCUGGCAGCCUCUGUAUCUGCUGUGGUUGGGCCGAAAGACGGAAGAUGUUUGUGUCUGUGUAGCGGGGUCCGGGAAUGGUUAAACAUGUCUCUGAAUGGAGGAGGAUGCAGAGGCUUCUACUUCAACACCGUGCUGUCUCUGGCUCGGUCGCUCGCGGCUCACCAGCACGCGCCAUUAGACAAGGUGCAGAAGCUGCACUGCAUGUGCCCUGUGGACUUCAGAGGCGUCUUCCAGCUUGAUGAGAGGAGGCGGGACGCUGUGACUGCUCUUGGGAUUUUUCUCGUAGAGUCCAACCUGCAGCACAAAGACGUCAUCGUCCCCUACCUUCUUGGGCUCCUCAAAGGGCUUCCCAAGGUCCAGUGGAUCGAGGAGAGCUCGGAACGCAAAGGGCGGGACGCUCUUCCUGUCGCAGAAAACUUCAGCUUUUGUCUUGUGACGCUGCUCUCAGAUGUUGCUCAGAGAGAUGAGAACUUUAGAGGACAGAUCCUGGAGGCGCUCAUGGACAUCAUGCAGGUCCUCCAAGACAUCUGCAAAAAUCCAGAUGCUCACGAUAAAGGAUAUCUGUGCAGGUACACUGUGCCCAGCCUGCUCGGUGUGGCCAGGGCGUUUGGGCGAUACAGUAACACGGACGAGCCGCUGCUGUCCAAGCUGUUCCCCCGACCCGCUGCUCCGUUGCUCUCUGCGGGUGACUGCAGCGACGCGGCCCGACGGCGCUCCUUCAACGACUUCCGCUCCAUCCUGCCGAGCUCUCUGCUCAUGGUGUGUCAGGGAGACUCUCUGAAACGUAAAACCUCCUCCGUGUCCAGCGUUUCACAACAGGCAAGUCCAGAGAGAAGCGGACUGAUGCCCAGCUCUCCUGCCGAUCCGUCUGCGCAGUACUUUGAAGGCUCCUACCUCCCUGAUGGCAGCGCCCUGGACCCCGAUUAUUACUUCUCCACCAUCAGCUCCAGCUUCUCUGUCUCUCCUCUUUUCACUGGGAGCAGCUCAGGAGAGUUCCAGGUCCCUCUGGAGAUGCUCAGACAGCUCCUUCACAUGGUUGAGCAAUUUGUUUCCGAGUCGUUUUUGAAGUCACUGGAUGGGAUCUUAGCAGAAUACCAGGAGAGCAAUCCAGAAAUUCAUCUUUACUACAAGACGUUCAGUGAUCCGUUAUAUGUGGCCAUAUUUAAAAUGCUGAGAGACACUCUGUACAAUCUGAAAGACCUUCAGACGGAUUAUGUGAAGGAGGUUCACGACUUCGUCCUGGAGCAGUUCAGCAGCAGCCAGUCAGAGCUGCAGAGGAUUCUCCAUGACGUGGAGUACCUCCAGAGCGAACUGAGCCCGCUCAAACUGCGUUGCCAGGCCAACGCUGCCUGUGUUGACCUCAUGGUAUGGGCUGUUACAGAGGAACAGGGAGCUGAGAACCUUUGCACCAAACUGUCAGAGAAGCUGCAGUCAAAGACGUCUAGUAAAGUUAUCAUCGCACACAUGCCCCUCCUCAUAUGCUGCUUACAGGGUUUGGGUCGUCUGUGCGAGCGCUUUCCUGUCGUGGCUCACUCCGUCACCACGUCUCUCAGAGACUUCCUGGUGGUGCCCUCUCCUGUCCUGGUGAAGCUCUACAAAUAUCACAGCCAGUGCGCUCCAGGAGGAAGUGACAUCAAGAUCCAUGUGACCAAUGAACAUUCUCAGUCAACCAUCAGCACCAAUGCAAGCAAGAAGAGCCAGCCCUCCAUGUACGAACAGCUGCGCGACAUCUCCAUUGAUAACAUAUGCAGGUGCCUGAAAGCUGGCCUCACGAUGGAUAACGUCAUCGUGGAGGCUUUCCUCGCCAGUCUGUCCAACCGUCUCUACAUCUACCAGGAAAAUGACAAGGAUGCUCACCUGAUCCCAGACCACACCAUCAGAGCUUUGGGCCACAUCGCCGUGGCGCUGCGCGACACCCCCAGGGUGAUGGAGCCCAUCCUGCAGAUCCUGCAGCAGAAGUUCUGCCAGCCGCCUUCGCAGCUCGACGUCCUCAUCAUAGAUCAGCUGGGCUGCAUGGUGAUCACAGGCAAUCAAUACAUCUACCAGGAAGUGUGGAAUUUGUUCCAGCAGAUCAGUGUCAAAGCGAGCUCCAUGGUUUACUCCACCAAAGACUUCAAAGACCACGGUUACAGACACUGCUCUCUGGCUGUUAUAAACGCUCUGGGUAACAUAGCAGCCAACAUGCAGGCCGAGCAGAUGGUGGACGAGCUGCUGGUCAACCUGCUGGAGCUUUUUGUGCAGCUGGGCUUAGAGGGGAAGAGAGCCAGUGAGCGGGCCUCGGACAAAGGCCCGGCCCUGAAGGCCUCUAGCAGUGCCGGAAACCUCGGCGUCCUCAUUCCGGUUAUAGCCGUGCUGACGAAGAGGUUGCCACCGAUAAAGGAGGCAAAGCCGCGUCUGCAGAAGUUGUUCAGAGACUUCUGGCUCUACUCUGUCGUCAUGGGAUUCGCAGUGGAGGGCUCAGGCCUGUGGCCGGAGGAGUGGUACCAAGGAGUUUGUGAAAUCGCGACCAAAUCACCGCUGUUGACGUUUCCCAGCGGGGAGCCUUUACGCUCGGAGCUUCAGUAUAACUCUGCGCUGAAGAACGACACCGUCACUCCAGCGGAGCUGAAUGACCUGCGCGGCACCAUCAUCAACCUGCUGGACCCGCCUCCAGAGGUGGCCGCCCUCAUCAACAAGCUGGACUUUGCGAUGUCCACAUACCUGCUGUCUGUCUACAGGCUGGAGUACAUGAGGAUGCUGCACUCUCUGGACUCGGAACGCUUCCAGGUCAUGUUUCGUUACUUUGAAGACCGAGCGAUACAGAAAGAUAAAUCUGGUAUGAUGCAGUGCGUGAUCGCUGUCAGCGACAAGGUGUUUGAGGUUUUCCUUCAAAUGAUGGCUGAAAAACCUAAAACCAAAGCUCACGAGGAGGAGCUGGAACGCCACGCUCAGUUUCUCCUGGUCAACUUCAACCACAUCCACAAGCGGAUCCGCAGAGUGGCCGACAAAUAUCUGUCUGGUCUGGCUGAAACAUUCCCCCACCUGCUUUGGAGCGGCCGGGUGCUGAAGACCAUGUUGGACAUCCUGCAGACUCUCUCCCUGUCCCUCAGUGCAGACAUUCAUAAAGAUCAGCCGUAUUAUGACAUCCCUGACACUCCGUACAGAAUCACUGCCCCGGACACGUAUGAAGCCAGGGAGAGCAUUGUCAAAGAUUUUGCUGCGCGGUGUGGGGAAAUCCUUAAGGAGGCUAUGAAGUGGGCGCCGUCUGUAACAAAGUCCCACCUGCAGGAGUACCUGAACAAACAUCAGAACUGGGUCUCGGGUCUGUCCCAGCACACGGGUUUGGCCAUGGCCACUGAAAGCAUCCUGCACUUCGCUGGCUACAACAGACAGAGUACCACUCUGGGGUCCACCCAGCUGACUGAGAGGCCAGCCUGUGUGAAGAAGGAUUACUCCAACUUCAUGGCAUCCCUGAACCUGCGGAACAGAUACGCUGGAGAGGUUGCAGGAAUGAUCCACUUUGCGCAGGUAGUCAGGGGCCAGCCGGAUCUGACCCGGAUCAUGAUCAAACAGAUGGAGGAGGCCCUGGACUCUGCUCAGCCCGAGGCCUUCACUGAGGCCAUGUUCAAACUGGCCGCGUUGCUCAUCAGCAGCAGCGAAUGCGACCCUCAGCUCCUGCACCACCUCUGCUGGUCGCCCCUCAAGAUGUUCACGGAGCACGGCAUGGAAACAGCCAUUGCAUGCUGGGAGUGGCUGCUGGCGGCGCGCACGGGGGUGGAAGUACCGUUUAUGCGGGAGAUGGCGGGAGCGUGGCAGAUGACGAUGGAGCUGAAGAUGGGCCUGUUCUCCAACGCGCAGCACGAGGCCGAUCCUCUUGCCGCGUCAGAGGAAAGUCAGCCUGUGCCCUGCCCUCCAGAUGUCACCCCUCACCACAUCUGGAUCGAGUUUCUUGUCCAGAGGUUUGAAAUAGCCAAAUAUUCCAGCGCCGAUCAGGUGGAGAUCUUUGGCAGCUUGCUGCAGCGCUCCCUGUCCUUGGGCGUCGGCGGAUCUAACAGCGGCUUGAACCGCCACGUGGCUGCCAUUGGACCACGUUUCAGGCUGCUGACUUUAGGUCUGGCUCUGCUGCACUCUGACGUUCUCACCAACUCCACUGUGAGAAACGUCAUCAGAGAGAAGAUCUACUCCACAGCCUUCGACUACUUCAGCGUGUCUCCGAAGUUUCCCACCCAGGCCGACAAGCGUCUCCGCGAGGACAUCUGCAUCAUAAUCCGCUUCUAUGCCAGCAUCCUGUCGGAUAAGAAGUACCUGGCAGCGUACCAGCUGGUCCCACCCGGUGAGCUUGGUACUACCUCAGCCCCGAGCACUCUCUCUGCUGGGAUAUUCGGAUCGCUAAUCGUGUCCAGCACAUCUCCGAUAUCGAUCUUAAAUAAUCAGGACCCGUCCUUGAACAGCCUAUCGGUGAUGAACGCCGCCGACCUGAGGAGCAACAUGGACUCCAGCUCCCGAUCCCAGCAGAGCGCCCAGGGGUGGAUCAACACCUACCCUCUGUCCAGUGGGAUGUCCACCACGUCCAAGAAGUCCGGCACAUCUAAAAAGAGCAACAGAGGAACUCAGCUUCACAAGUACUACAUGAAACGCCGGACUCUGUUGCUGGCGCUGCUGGCCAGUGAGAUCGAGCGCCUGACGACGUGGUACAACCCGCUCUCCACUCAGGAGCUGGCCAUCGCCACUGAGCAGUCGGUGGAGACCAGCAUCGCCAACUGGAGGUCCAAGUACAUCAGCCUGACGGAGAAACAGUGGAAGGACAACGUCAAUCUGGCCUGGAGCAUUGCACCUUACCUGGCUAUGCAACUACCUGCAAGGUUUAAAAACGAUGCCAUCGUUGCCGAAGUGACCCGGCUGGUGAGGUUGGACCCCGGAGCGGUGAGCGACGUACCCGAGGCCGUUAAGUUCCUCGUGACGUGGCACACCAUCGACGCCGACUCCCCUGAGCUGAGCCACAUCUUGUGUUGGGCUCCGGCUGACCCGCCCACGGGUCUGUCCUACUUCAGCAGCAUGUACCCUCCUCACCCUCUCACUGCACAGUAUGGAGUUAAAGUGCUGCGCUCCUUUCCUCCGGACGCCAUCUUGUUCUACAUUCCUCAGAUUGUGCAAGCGCUUCGUUAUGAUAAGAUGGGUUACGUGAGGGAGUACAUCCUGUGGGCGGCGCAGAAGUCUCAGCUUCUUGCUCAUCAGUUCAUCUGGAACAUGAAGACCAACAUCUUCAUGGACGAGGAGGGACACCAGAAAGAUCCCGACAUCGGGGAGCUGCUGGAGCAGAUGGUGGAGGAGAUCAUGGGUUCUCUGUCCGGUCCGGCCAAAGACUUCUACCAAAGAGAGUUUGACUUCUUUAACAAGAUCACCAACGUGUCCGCCAUCAUCAAGCCGGUUCCGAAAGGAGAGGAGCGAAAACGAGCUUGUCUCAAAGCGCUGUCGGACAUCAAAGUGCAGCCAGGUUGUUACUUACCCAGUAACCCAGAAGCCAUAGUGCUGGACAUCGACUACAAGUCUGGAACCCCCAUGCAGAGCGCUGCCAAGGCUCCCUAUCUGGCCAAGUUUAAGGUGAAGCGCUGCGGGGUGAGCGAACUGGAGAGGGAGGGUCUUCGCUGUCCAUCCGACUCCGUGGAAGACGGAGAGGAAAAUCCAGACGGAUCGCGCAGGGUCUGCUGGCAGGCGGCCAUCUUUAAAGUGGGAGACGAUUGCAGACAGGACAUGCUGGCUCUGCAGAUUAUUGGGCUGUUUAAGAACAUCUUCCAGCUGGUGGGCCUGGACCUGUUUGUCUUUCCCUACAGAGUGGUUGCCACGUCGCCAGGGUGCGGUGUAAUCGAAUGCAUCCCAGACUGCAAAUCCAGGGACCAGCUUGGUCGCCAGACAGACUUUGGGAUGUACGAUUAUUUCCGUAACCAGUACGGCGAUGAAUCCACCCUAGCCUUUCAGAAGGCUCGGUACAACUUCAUCCGCAGCAUGGCCGCCUACAGCCUCCUGUUGUUCCUGCUGCAGAUCAAAGACAGACACAACGGCAACAUCAUGUUGGACAGCAAGGGCCACCUGAUCCACAUUGAUUUCGGCUUUAUGUUUGAGAGCUCCCCAGGCGGUAACCUGGGCUGGGAGCCGGAUAUCAAGCUGACGGACGAGAUGGUGAUGAUCAUGGGAGGAAAAAUGGAGGCUACGCCGUUCAAAUGGUUCAUGGAGAUGUGUGUCAGAGGGUAUCUGGCUGUGAGGCCUUACAUGGAUGCUGUGGUUUCCCUGGUAACACUCAUGCUGGACACGGGGCUGCCAUGUUUCAGAGGACAAACCAUCAAACUUCUUAAGGGACGUUUUAAUCCGCAGAUGAGUGAGAAAGAGGCAGCAGCAUUCAUAAUAAAAAUCAUCCAGAGUUGUUUCCUCAGUAGCAGGAGCAAAACAUACGACAUGCUGCAGUACUACCAGAACCAGAUUCCUUACUGAGGGGCGUCCAGCAGAACUCCGCUCCCACUGACUGAAUCCACAGCAGCAUCUGUAGGACGAUUGUUUCCAAGGACCUGACCAGACAGCAACUGGGCACUUUAACCCUCCAGUUUUACUCUGCACACUAUGAUUUUAUAAUAACGUCCAUGUAUAUUUUAGAGAAUUUCUUGACAGGGAUCUGAAUUACCCUUUAACUUCUGCGUUCAUGCUGUGUUUUUCGUUAGUUUACCAGCAAACACUAAAGAUUUACACUUGGAGAAUGAGGUCAAAAAGGGACUCGGUUUCUGCUCAUCAAAGCAGGAACCUCACUGUUGUUGUCAUGGUGUUGCUGUGCUGUUACCCACUUUAAUGCACUUUAUAGAUCAGCAAUAGAUCAGUAUAUUCCUUAGAGAUGAAAACAAUCCACAUGGUAUUGUAGGCUUAGAAGAACAUGAAUAGCAGUUGUUAUAUAGGUAAAGUAUAUAUAUAUCCUUACAAGAGUCAGUCCACAUUUAUUCUAACAGUAGUCUGUAGUCAGUUAAAGGUAUUAAGACAUUAAGCUGUGAUUUUUACAGUAGUGUGUACUGUAGAAUAUUUACUAUAGAGUCACAUUCAGAACACUGGCAGCUUUAUCAGUCGAAGUUACAUGUUAACAUUUACGUUCACCAGGGUUUUAAGGAGCUUUUAGCCGUUAGAGCGAACCUCGUCUUCUUGUCGCAUGUUUUGAUGUCAGUGUUGAUGGGCACCCAUUACAAAAAGGCAGUUUUCCACUACAGGAACUCAACCCAUAACUUGAACUUACAGGGCUCCGCUGCUACUUCCACUUUCCAAAGUGUUUUUAGCCCAGAUGUUGCAGAUUUGGUUGAUGUAAUUUUUUGAUAUGAAAUGUCUGCAGAGUAUUGGCAUUAAGAAAAACAGUGGCACUAAAACACUCAAGAGUUUACUUUACAUCAAGUAUAUUAUUAUUAACAACAUUGUAUUCCUAAAUACAUCAUUAUAAACCUGAGAUCACUAGUGAAAAGUCAUAAGAAAUGGGUGAAAUAGUCACACUGAGUGAGUGGACAUUGAGGACAGGAGCAAUACUCUGAGCUAGAGCUUUUUUUUAUUUCAAGAAUACUAUCAAAAAGCAUUGCUAACAGGUAAAAUAAUAAUAAUGUUGCAGCAACAGUUCAGAGUUUCUUUAACUAAACAUUUUUCCAUCUUUUCUACCUGAAGCAAAAACAGUGAUGUUUAAAAGUUUUGAAACUUUUAAGUUGGAAGUUGGAAAAUGGGACAAGUUGCAUAACAUAAACCACCUCAGACAAGGAUAAAAUCGCAUUGGCUAUACAGAUCCUUUUCCAUACUUGGAAAAAUCAGUAAUGUGAAAUGCAAUGAUGUGUUUCCUCUUAGUACUAUGAUGCAGUUAUUACCUAUUUUUAUUAGAUAAGCAGCAGGUGGCGCUGCCUCAUGGAAACAAGCCAAAAAACGUAGGUGGAAUUAUCACUGCGUCUUAAAAUGAAAAAGGCCCAAGCUUAUUUCAAACAUGUUUGACAUGUUUUUAGAUAACUGCAUGCAAUGAUUCCCUUUGAUUUUAGCCUGAUAAAGAUGUAUCAUGGCAAAUUAAAACUGAAGUUUGGAAUGAUCAGAAAUAAAUAUUUGUGGAUUUACAGAUGCUUCUCUUACAGUAUUCAACAUGACUAAUAUGGUAAGCGUUUAAAGUUUUUUUUAAACGCGUAUUGUUACAAGUUUAUGCCGUUACAAAGUCAUUGGCAAUCUCCUGCAUUACUAUGUAACAACUCUCUCUAAAAGGCAUAAAAGAACCGAGGACAUAAAGAGCUCCAAAUAUACCACAUACGCUAAAUCAGGAUGUGCAAACACAUUUCCUGAAAACAAUCAUGUUCCAUUAGCUGUCAUGUUAAAGUUGUUUUUCUUCCAUCUACAGACAAAUACUGACCUCGCAUUACAAAUACAGCUGCAAGGUGGAGAACAAAUGAAAAAGCACAAGUUCUAAUUAUAGAAAGAGUGAACAUUUUUGCAACUUUUUUCUUGUUUCUUUCGGGUUUACCCUCUUAAAUUUCAGAUGUUUUAAUGUUAUAUUCUUUUGGAUUUCUUUUUGAGUGAUCCCUUAAUUGUAAAUGUCUUUUAUUGCUCCUUUUCCCUUACUGACUCAGCUUUUCAGGGUCUGUCGUUACAUUUAUUUCCUGUCCAGUGAAGUUUGUCAAAAUCAGUGCUUGCUGUUUUGAAACAUUCCUCAUAUUAUUAUCUGUCUUUACAUUUAAAUCAAGCCUCUCAAAGACAGAGCUCAAGAUGAUAUUACCUGAUACAAGCCAUUUAUCCUACCCUCUGUAGAAAAAGCUGUAGUAACACUUGAGAAGAAAAAGACUCAAUUUAUGCAAUAUAUUUGUGUGUGCUGGCGCUUCAUCUGAGUGCUGUAUUGUAUCGCCCUCUGUUACAUUGCCGGGUGUGUGUGUGUGUGUGUGUGUGUGUGUGUGUGUGUGUGCGUGUCUACUUCUGCAGCUGUCUUCCUGCUGUUGUUGUGUUUGCAAAUCAACCUGAAGUGUUCACCUCUUCUGUGAUCAGAAAGAUGUUUUUGAAAUCUAAAGUAAAUUUAUCAUGUCUACUGUUUUAAUGUGUGUGUGUGUCUGUAAAGGUGUCUUUAUGAGGACCAGCAGAGUUUUAGGGUGUUUAGGGGAACGAUGUUUAAGGUGUCUUACUCGGAUCAGGGUCAGAUGGAACAAUUGGAAGCUUUUGGACUGAUUUGUGGUUUUUUUGCACUCCAAAACAUGUUAUUGACCUCUACAUCAUUCUGAUGGCAUUAUCUACAUCUAUAUGCCACACCAAAAUAUGCAAUAAGAUUCACAGCUUUAAGGUAUUAUGCCUGAAAGGCGUUAAUAAAUGUCCUUAUAAAGAUUUCUGUGCAGACAUUGGUGUGCGUUUGUUUUGCUCGGUUUAUUUAUGUAUCAUUGCACCUUUUAGAUGGUCUGCUUUCUGCAACUGUAGUUAUUUCCGUAAUAAAUGUGAACAUUUUAA